UUCUGAGUCCGGUCUACGGGAGUUUUGGAAUGGAUGUACUGAGGAAUACCAAUUAUCAGACAGCGACUAACAACAAGAUGUGUGAGCAAACCCUUAAUAAAUCCAGCGAGUUUAAGAGAAAGAAAGCGGAGGACCUUGGCCACGUCCAAGCUGAGAUGUCGAGGAUCAUCACGGAUUCCGUGACAGGGAGACGAUACUGCCGUGGAAAAGUUCUGGGAAAGGGAGGUUUUGCCAAAUGCUACGAGCUGACCGACCUGACCACCAACAGAAUAUAUGCUGCAAAAAUCAUUCCUCACGCGCGUGUCUCCAAGCCGCACCAACGGGAAAAGAUUGACCGUGAAAUUGACCUUCAUAGAGCUCUCCGGCACAAACACGUCGUCCACUUCUACCACCACUUCGAGGAUAAAGAAAACAUCUAUAUUCUGCUGGAAUACUGCAGCAGACGGUCCUUGGCUCACAUCCUGAAAGCCAGAAAAAUACUCACGGAACCCGAGGUCAGAUACUUCUUGCGGCAGAUCGUAUCAGGGAUGAAGUACCUGCACGACCAAGAGAUUCUUCACAGAGAUCUUAAGCUAGGUAACUUUUUCAUCAAUGAGACAAUGGAGUUGAAAGUGGGGGAUUUUGGGCUGGCAGCCAAGCUGGAGCCCUUGGGCGACCGUCGCAAGACCAUCUGCGGGACUCCCAACUACCUCUCUCCUGAAGUGUUGAACAAACAAGGACAUGGGUGUGAGUCCGACAUCUGGGCUCUGGGCUGCGUCAUGUACACAAUGCUCCUUGGGAGGCCUCCAUUUGAGACCACCAACCUAAAGGAGACGUACAGGUGUAUUAGGGAAGCUAGAUAUACCCUGCCCUCUUCACUGUCCUUCACGGCCAAGCAGCUCAUCGCUAACAUGCUAUCUAAGAGCCCAGAGGACCGGCCCAGCCUGGAAGCCAUUCUGCAGCAUGAGUUUUUCACCCAGGGCUUCACACCCGAGCGUCUGCCGUCCAGCUCUUGCCACACGGUCCCCGAUUUCCACUUGUCCAGUCCCGCAAAGAAUUUCUUUAAGCGGGCAGCUGCCGCCCUGUUUGGGAGCAAGAAGGAGAAGGCGAAGUACUACGACAAUAUAAGUAAGGUGACCAAAGAGGAAGAAGAAAUCUACAAGCUACGCCACGACCUGAAGAAAACUGCCAUUAGCCAGAAGCGGCAAGAGGACGGGAAGUCCCCUGCGCCUGUCACUACUCAGCCUGUUGCCACAGCAACGGAUAACGCACCACAAAUCCGAGACACAAUUCGCAUGAUUGUGAGGGGCAGCCUUGGCAGUUGCAGCAGCAGCAGUGAAUGCUUGGAAGACGGCACCAUGGGCAGUGUGGCUGACUCUGUGGCUAAUGUCCUGAGAAGUUGUCUUGAAAACAUGCCGGAAGCUGAUGAUAUCCCAAAAGAGACUUUCGGCGGCAACUUCCAGUGGGUCACAAAGUGGGUGGACUACUCCAACAAGUAUGGCUUCGGCUACCAGAUGUCAGACCAUGCCGUGGGCGUGCUCUUCAACAAUGGUACACACAUGAGCCUUCUGGCUGACAACAAGACCAUCCACUACUACGCUGAGCUCGGCCAGUGCUCCGUCUUUUCCUGUUCCGAUGCCCCAGAGACACUUAAGAGCCAGGUCACUAUCCUCAAGUACUUUGCCCACUACAUGGAGGAGAACCUGAUGGAUGGUGGUGAUAUGACCAGCACGACAGACGUUUCUCAGCCCAGGCUCUACCUGCUGCAGUGGCUCAAGUCAGAUCGCGCUUUGAUGAUGCUCUUCAAUGAUGGCACUUUCCAGGUGAACUUCUACCAUGACCACACCAAGGUCAUCAUGUGCCACCGGCAAGGAGACUACCUGCUGACUUACAUCAAUAAAGAGCGUGUCUCCAGCACGUUCCGCCUGAGCACCCUGCUGACCUACGGCUGCUCGGCGGAGCUGCGCGGCCGCCUGGAUUACGCCUUGAACAUGCUCCUGCAGAGAUGCAACUGAACUGCGCAGCAGGAGAAACUUUAGCCCGAAGGACCAACACGAGCGCAGACAAAUAGACAGACAGGAGAGAGUGCGCCAUGAAAACACCACUACAGAGAUGGAACUGUGAAAGAACAUUUAAGGCAUCCGGACAUGCGAAACGGGAAGGAAUAUGCCUCGUACGUUCUGCUGAAUUGAAGUGUCUCUGGAAGGGAAUGGUUUAGGCGAUACAGAAAGUGCUUGUAAAGAAAGUGACGGUGGACUUGGCUGUGUUAGCAGUAUGGAAAAUGGAAAGUCAUGUGACCUGAGGUACGAAAAGUGCAAGCGGAAGGGCAUGACGAUGAAGGCCAAUCCUGGGCUGGCUCCAGACUGGCAUUUUUAAAGAGGAAUACAAAUGGGGUUAUGAAAUCUGACCCACCAGAGCUGGACAUGUGGACAGUGAGUAGUGGAGCAUCUCUGCAGAGCACCUGUACAGCUGACGGGGCCAAUCUCGUCUUGCUGGGGAGGGAUGUCCCCUCUCCUGGACAUGCGGACACUGUUGCAAUGCAUACUGCCUGGCCAUGUCUUGGGCCGGGCAUUGCAUGGAGGAAUACUUUCUGUGAUACACAAAAGUAACUUAUGGACAAAGUGAAGUAUUUAUUUAUUUAAUAAAGUACCAGUUUUUUAAAUAAAUGAAA